AGUAACAAAUGAUGUAAGUCGAUACAACAUAUAAAAUUAAAACAAAAGUUUAAAAAAAUAUGACGAAGCGGUCGUAACAUCGAAAAUGCGGAAAAUCAUCAGCGCUGCUUUAGGUUGCACAUAAUUUUUUGGACCACAACACAAUUGCAAUUAUUAUUAAAAGCAUUUCGGCGUACUGAUCAAAUUGAGUCUCUUAAGAAAUGUCAACAAUUCGGUCCGCAGCCGCGAAGGUGCUUCGAUUCGGUGCAGUAAGAUUGUUUGCAGUGCCAGUAAGACGAAGCACCUCUCUUAAUUUGAGUACUUCGUCUUCGUCGAGACGGCAUCGAUACAUAGUGCAUGCUGCCUCAGUCGGCCUAGCGCUCAUCGCUGCUGAUUAUGUGUAUAAUGAAAAAAGAUUUUUUAUUGCCGCAAAACUUGGAAAUGUUCAAGAACUUCGGAAGCAGGUGGAAACAGGAAAAGAUGAUGGACGAAAUUCUGGUGAUGGCGAAGGAGGGCCAGCAGACAGACGACAUGCUUUGGGCUGGACAGCUUUGAUGGUCGCGGCUGCUAACGAUCAACCAGCAACAGUAAAGGAGUUACUUCGGCUUGGAGCAAAACCUGAUCUGCGUGAACAAUACGCAGGAGCCUCCGCUACUGCGGCCUCAACUGGAAUGCAUCCAUUAGAGGUGUUACAGAGAAGAGAAGAUGAAUUCUGUAAUGCAAUGAAUUCCCGCGCAUCUUUCUUAGGCUGGACAGCACUUCAUUACGCUGCUCUAUCAGAUUCGUCAACGUCUGCUAAAGCAUUGCUGGAAGCCGGUGCUGACCCCACUGCCCGAGAUCAUGCUGGGCGUCGAGCACUGCAUUAUGCUAGGGACCCUUCUACCACACGUGACGUAAUUCUUGAGCACAUUCAACGCUGGGAAGAGACCGCUGCCGCCGCCGCGGCUGAGGAACGACGGCGGUUUCCCCUUGAACAACGUUUAAAACAAUAUAUCGUUGGACAGACGGCGGCCAUAGAAACUGUCGCUGCCGCUGUGCGCCGGAAAGAAAACGGGUGGGCGGACGAAGAACAUCCGCUCGUAUUUCUUUUUUUAGGAAGCUCCGGAAUCGGGAAAACGGAACUUGCGAAACAGCUCGCAAGAUAUAUGCAUCGUGACGAUCCUGCGGCUUUCAUUCGACUGGAUAUGUCAGAAUACCAGGAAAAGCAUGAAGUGGCCAAACUUAUUGGAGCUCCGCCGGGAUAUGUGGGUCACGAAGAAGGCGGUCAGUUAACGAGAGCGCUCGCCCGACGAGCGGAUGCUGUAGUUUUAUUCGACGAAGUAGACAAAGCCCAUCCUGACGUUCUCACAGUACUUUUACAGCUCUUUGACGAGGGACGCCUCACGGAUGGCAAGGGUAAGCUGAUCGAGUGCAAGAAUGCGAUCUUUGUGAUGACGUCUAACUUGGCAUCGGACGAAAUCGCGCAGUACGGACUGCGACUGCGACGCGAGGCGGAGGCGCUCGCGGCGCAACGAGUUAGGCCCGCAGUCGCCGCUCCCACCGCGCCCGCUCCUCUCACGGACCAGACCAGAAAAGAGUACGACGAAAAUUCCGAAGCAUUCGUCCCGCCCGAGGGCGAGGGUGAGCAGGAGGAGGCGCUGCAGGUGUCCCGCAAGUUCAAGGACACGGUAGUGCGGCCCAUCCUUAAGCGGCAUUUCGGGCGUGACGAGUUCCUUGGUCGCAUCAACGAGAUCGUAUACUUCCUGCCCUUCUCGCGGCAGGAGUUGCUCACACUCGUGCAAAUGGAGUUACGCGCGUGGGCAGAGAAAGCGCGAGCCAGACAUUCUGUUGAACUGCGCUGGGAAGGCGGUGUCUUGGGUGCACUCGCCGACGGAUACGACGUGCACUACGGCGCGCGCUCAAUCAAGCACGAGGUGGAGCGGCGCGUAGUGAAUCAGUUGGCGCUGGCAGCCGAGCGUGGCGCCGUGGCCGGCGGCUGCUCCGUGCUGCUCAGCGCGCGCGCCGGCCGGCUGCUGCUCGCUGUGCGUACGCCCCCCCACCGUGAAUAUGUACCGCUCGACCUCACCGCGUGAGGCGUUUAAUAAAUUAUCGA